UGUCAUAUGAAGGGGAGUUUGGGACGGGUCUGCUCUGGUGUGUCCAUUGGACGGCUGGACGCACACAGACUGUAACAAACGGGGCCGUUAAUUCAAUCUCAGCUCCUUUAACCGGACUUUAAUUCAGAUUUAAAUCCACCAUGACUCUGAACAUGGACACAGAGUCAGUUUGGGGUCUGUGUGCGGUGAACAGCAGCUAAAACUUUCUCUAACUGAACCAUGGAGACGAGGAGGAAGCGGACAGCAGCGACAACACAAAAGUCAGUUGACAAACGGCUCAGUGUCCCGGCAGAUAACAACGGAAGAAUGGACGAUGUGAAAACUGGCCCGAACCGGGACUGACGCUCCUGUCCGGGUCUCCUCAGCCUACAUGUCACCCUCCUCUCCCUGCCAGAUGCCUCCGCGGGGCGACGGGGGCUACAAGCCGGCACCGGUGUCCCCUGCUCCGCCUGUCCCACCGAGGAGGGUCAGGGGCUCCGGCAGGACGCGGCGGUCCGGUGCAGGGGCAGGGGCAGGGGCAGCGGGAGCCGGAGCAGCGGAGAGGCGGGUGAAGUGUGUGCUGGUGGGGGACGGAGCUGUGGGGAAAACCAGCCUGGUGGUCAGCUACACCACCAACGGGUACCCCACCGAGUACGUGCCCACGGCGUUUGACAACUUCUCAGCGGUGGUAUCAGUGGACGGGCAGCCAGUCAAACUACAACUCUGUGACACAGCAGGACAGGAUGAGUUUGACAAGCUGCGGCCUCUGUGUUACACCAGUGCAGAUGUGUUCCUGCUGUGCUUCAGCGUCGUCAGUCCUGCUUCCUUCCAGAACGUUCCUGAAAAGUGGGUUCCAGAGAUCCGCAGACAUGCACCCUUCGCGCCUCUGGUCCUAGUUGGGACACAGUGUGACCUCCGAGAAGAUGUCAAGGUUCUCAUUGACCUGGCUAAGUACCGGGAGCGACCUGUGGACCCAGCAGAUGCCCGGGACUGUGCGAUGGAGAUCGGCGCUGUGGCCUACAUGGAGUGCUCUUCCCUGACCCAAAAAAAUUUAAAGGAAGUGUUUGACACGGCCAUAUUGGCCAGCCUGCAGAAUUACAGCUCCCAUAAGCACUCGAGAGGGAAACAGAAACGACGCAAAAAGCAAAGGCAGACACCGGACAAGAUGAAGAGUCUGUCUAAGUCAUGGUGGAAAAGGUACUGCUGCGUGGCCUAGAGCAGACCUGCGAUGGGUUUGUGUCUUAGACUCCGAUGUUAACUUUACCCUGGUCUGGAUUCAGCUGGGUUUGGGUUCUUUCUGGACUUGCUCCAAGUUUGGGUUUCUCUCUAAUGGAGCGUGAUGUUGAGCAGGACCUCGACUGGACUGUGGCUGGGAACCAAAGUAAGACUGUCACAGGUCUGAAAUGUUUUUGUUUUUUAUUCAAAGAGGGGUUUUAAGUCUUAUCAUGGAUGAGAUUUACUACUGAGCUCUAUCACAACCUGCUGGGAAAAUACAGCAGUACUGCCGUGUCCUUUUUCUGACCUGGUUUGAAUCUUAGCCUGCCUCCAAUACGAGCCCUCUGCAGGAGAAGGUGCGUCUGCCUCUGCUGGUGUUUAACUGGUAUGGACUGGGACUAUGUCAUGGUGGAUGCGACAAUGUUGCUUAUGAUUAGAGCGGCCCAGAUUUGAACAAGAAACAGUCUCCUCUGUGUCAAACACAUAAAAUGGAAUAAUUUUAGUCUAGUGUUCUGGUGUCCCAACCUAGUAUGGAUAUAUGUGAGCAUGUUGUGUUACCUGGAGAGGAGCUUGACUUACUGGAACUGCAACUAAACAUCAUUUGUCUAACCUGUUUCCAACAUUAAUGAUCAGAAGGAACUGCUGACUAAAAUAGUGCUUCUCUGAAAUUAAACUUUGUCCUUAUUAACUUAUGACAAGAUGAAGACAUACUGGAUUUUCUGACCUAGACAUGAUCACCUGACAUUAUCAUAGUCAGAACUUUGUCAACUCAUCAAGCCCAUGGUUCAUUUUAGAGCUUCUUUUUAUAACUGGGAUCACUGUUGCUCUAAUGAAUGAUUUUAUUAAACAGUCAAUAAUUUUAUCCUGGUCACAUCUUACAAAAUCUAAUCUGAAACAAUGAUCAUAGUUUACUUACGUGGUCCUCUAUUUUAGUUUCGAUCUGAGCUAUUUAUGUAAAUAAGUCUGGCUUGGCUCUUAGUGUGGUUUUUCUUCACAUCGCGCUACUGUCAGGCCCAGAAGGAAGCCAGACAGCGAAUACGUUUUUUGUGGCUGAGAGGCACGUCUCAUACUCUGUCUUAUUUGCAACAGAACUAAGAAUGCCAAUGUCUUUGUCCACAAUGAGGGUAAAAAGUGAUCAUUCAUCAUCGUCAUCUAUCCGACAUUAGCACUAUAGGACUCUGCAGUCUGGCUUGCACUUGACCUUAUCAGGCAGUAGAAUAUUUUGCAAUUUUCAUGUUUGUCCUCUCUUUAUUAUCACAUUGUCCCACAAGCCACAACUUUGCUUAGUGCUGUAGCCAAGUGACUUCUGUAGAGAAGGCCUUUUUCACAUGCAAAGAAGGAAUCCAGUCUAAAACAAAACUACCAGGAUCUGAAAUGUUCAUCCUGUCAACCAGUAACUAGCGUCCGCAGGGCAAAAGUUGAAAGGCAGACUAAUACUAAACUGGUUUCAGAUAUUUGUACUGCUUGGUGUGUAUUUGAUUUAUCUUUCUGCACACUUAAACCGCCUUACUGUAAGUUUGAGCACUUAACAGAAUUAGAUCAACCAAUUCUCUUUGCAUGUGUUUGAAUUAACAAAAUGAGCUCGGCUGUUUGUUUCUGCUGGUUUGCCGCGAUAAAAUAACUCGGAACAAACUGGGGAAUAAACAAAGAUGGGUUUUAUUUCUUAGUUUUUCAAUACAAUUGUGUAUCCAAGACUGUGAAGUUUGAAUUAUGUGAAGUCUUUUCUUAAUAGUUAUGAGUUUGAUUCGUCAUGUUUGACGCUCUGCAUUUGUUCCCUUUACCCAAAAUAUGCUUUAUUACAGAAGUAACCAGUGGUAAUUUAUACCAUUCUGCAUUCAUAAUGCUUUAAUACAACAGAGACGUUUAGUGUCUGUGUGCUCUGAUAGUUCUGUAGCCUGUUUUAUCUUCAAUAGAUUAAGUUUCAUGUGUUUUAAAGCAGAAAUAAAAAGAAAAUGUAUGGACGUCAAACAUUCAGCUGCCACACCUUCCUUUGUACAUUGUAGCUACUAAAACCAGAACAAAAUCCAGUAAUUUACAACCAUUUCUCUACAGUGCCUUCAUCUGAAUGGCUCUUUGUAUUAGAGUCACUGCAGCAGGGAGGAAAAAGGGUGCAACUAGGUUGCAGUCUGUAAUAGAUUCAAAGCAGAUCUGCCAUCAUUUAGUGUGCAGCUUGAUUCAUAUUGAUCAGACAUAAAGACAAAAAUAAUUUUCACUCAUGCUCUUCAGUCUAACUAUGACCUAAGCACCUGUCUGGAAUACAUCCCGGGACAAGUUAAACCUUUGUCUGACUAGUAACUCAGAGGUUAAAGGACAUGGUUAAAGGUUCAGGGUUAACACCUUCACAACUGUUUCCAUCUCACAACAAUGUUUCAUGUGACAACUAAUAUUCUGCUGCUUUUGUGCUAAGUAAUUCCCACCAGUUAUAAUAACCCAUGUUUCUAAUUAUAUUCCUGACAAAGUCAAACAAACAAAAACAACCCUGCUCUGGAGGGGUUUUAGUACUUCCUGGGCUAAGAGUUGGGGAUGUCUGAUCGCUGUUAGCUCAGCGCUAAGAAAGCUGUAAACUCUGGGCUAAAAGGUGUCUGAACCCUGUAUUAAGUUUAAGGUGAAAGCCUUGUAGAAAGUCACUUUUCUGCUGGUGUGAAUGGAGUGAGCUGUGGUGUGCCUCGAAAUUCAAUCAACAUUAAUUCCUGUUAAAUGUAAAUGUGCUGUGAAGAAAAUGCUGUAGUUAAAAGGUAAACAAAAUGUUAACCGUCUAGUUGAUGCAAACUGAGACAAGACAGCCACAACAUGCACAAUCAUAGAGGAGGAUUUGUGCGACUCAGUGGAAUAUAUUCACCCAGUUAGUUAACAGCUCCUCUAAACUUUUCUGUUUUGUGCGUCUAAGUUUCCCAAAACACUACAGCUUGAUCUUUGCACUAAAAUUUGGUCCCUUACAGACUUUCCUGCAAAAAUAUCCUUGUGUGUAACCCAAACUGAUCUGCUGUGUUUUCUACUAUCUGGCUUCAAGUUGUAAACUAAUACACGCACACAGUGUUCCUAAAGAGAGAGCUGAAUCUAAAAUGUAUCUCAAGUUGAAAUGUCGAUGUUAGGCCUGUGUAUAAAACUGAGACUCCAGAUUUUAAGACUGGAGCUGUUUGGCAGUUCUCUGCUGAAGAUGUUACGACUCCGACUGAAUGGGUUCACUGUGUCGACGUUUUACUCAUGAUAGCAAAUGCAUUGUUUCUUGCUUGGGGGGAAAAGGCAUAAUAAGUUGCUUGUCUUGCUGUUUGUGUGCAGUCUUAGCUGAUGGUGGAUUUAAGUAGGGUAAAGGUCACACAGACCCUUAUGAUAGCUGGCGUUUCCUCUGUCAGGUCUCAUCAGUUCUACCUGCAUACAUGUAUAACUUAAAGAGAGCACAGUAAGUUUGUCGUCACAGUGUUUGUUUGCGUGCAGCACGUGAUUUGGCCUGCUUUAUACUGAAAGUCACUGUGUUAGAUUAUUUCUGUUUAAAUGUAUUAAAACAGUAUAAAUGGUGACAACAA